AUGACACAAGACAGAGCUAGCUCUUCCACUUGGACAACCUUUUUGAAGUCUUUGGCAUCAUUUAAUGGUGAUCUUUCCGCCUUAUCAGCACCGCCUUUUAUUCUUUCACCAGUUUCUCUAGUAGAAUUCUGUCAAUAUUGGGCAGAGCACCCAGACUUAUUUUUAGAACCAUCAUUCAUCAAUGAGACUAACUAUAAGGAAAGAAUGGGACAAUGCGACCCGGACAUCGAUUCUCCAGAAGCUGCUCGCAUGCUGGCUGUGAUAAAAUGGUUUCUCUCUACUUUAAGAUCACAAUACAGCUCACGUAGUGAGAAGUCUGGGUCUGAAAAGAAACCAUUAAACCCCUUCCUAGGUGAAUUGUUUGUUGGUAAAUGGGAAAGCAAGACAUAUCCUCAUUUCGGUGAAACUAUAUUGCUGAGUGAACAGGUAUCCCACCAUCCUCCAAUGUCUGCUUACAGUAUAUAUAAUGAAAAGAACAAUGUCAAAAUUGAGGGUUACAAUAACAUCAAGUCUAGCAUAUCUAAGACUCUUACACUAAAUGUGAAACAAUAUGGGCACAACUUAUUGACAAUUGGAGACAAAGAGACUUAUUUAGUCAUCCCACCGCCUUUGCAUAUUGAAGGUAUACUAAUGGCUUCUCCAUUUGUUGAACUGGAAGGUAAAUCAUAUAUACAAUCCACAACUGGUAUGUGUUGUCAGUUCGAGUACUCCGGUAGAGGUUAUUUCAGUGGACAAAAGAACUCUUUCAAAGCCAAAGUCUACAAAUCUGGUGCUGAUUUGAAGAACAAUGGUACUCCUCUUUAUGUUAUAUCAGGUCAAUGGUCAGGUAGCUCAAAAAUUGUAAAGAAUCUACCUAAUGGUAAGCAAUCCGCACCAGUUUUGUUCCAUGACACAAACAUUACCGCAACUGAAAGUCUACAAGUGAAAACCAUUGACAAACAGCAUCCAUUAGAAAGUAGAAGAGCAUGGAAGGAUGUUGCAGAUGCUAUUAGACUAGGUGACUACGGUUUGAUCAACAAAACUAAAUCUGCUCUAGAGAACAAACAAAGAGAAAUGAGAAAGGAGGAAGCUGCAAAUGGCACUACAUGGAAGAGAAGAUGGUUUAAUGAGGUUGAUUACUCUCAAAACAUGAAGGAUAAAGAUUUGUUCUUGACCUUAGCUAACGAGUUGGGAUUAUCGAUAAAGAAUGUACCAAGUGGUACUUUGGUUAAUGAUCGAGAGGACCAGAAGGCCAAUUCUUCAGCUAAACAUUGGAGAUUUGACCAUAGCAAGUGGGUGGCAGAUGAUGAAAUUACAGUUUAA